CGCGGGGGCGGAUCGCUCGUAUCUACAUACCAAACAACGCCGCGCCUUUUUAUCUCUGAGCCCAGCAAAGCAGCUCCGUUUUGGCCGCUCCGCUUUUUCUGCCCCCGCCAACUGCCGCCAUGUUUUUGUGAGGCAGAAUGACAGCAGAGAGAGCGCAGAGGAAGACGAACGUAGACUGUGAAAAACCCUACAUAUAACAGUGUUUUUUAAUCGUUUGGAUGCCCGGUUUUCUCAGUAACGACAUUACGACGGAAGUCAUUUUGUAGGAUUAAUUUGUCAAAAGCAAGGAUUUCCUCAGAAAAGGUCAAGUCUUGGAUGUUAUAAUACACUAAUAUUCUAUUUUUCGUACGGCGUACGACACUUUUUUUUUUUAACAUAUCAUUUCGUUCAGGAUGGGACGGAAUCCUCCCACGUAAAAACGAGAAUUACAUUUUUCCUAUCUUUUUUUUCGUACGUUCUGUGCUACCAUGAGAAGUAAACGAAUUAGAUGCGUAUUUAAAGACGAACACGUUGCUAUAUACUUUUAAAACCUCCUUUGUGUUUACAACUUCGUACGAACGGCAGGAGUAACAAAAUCAACACGAGUGUUUUUUUCUGUGGUAAAGUGGUUGGUUUCAGGUUAUCCGUGGUGAACUGUCAAACAAGGAAGGAAGAAAAGUUUUUUUUACCUAAAGUGACUUUGCAAAGAAAGAGGACAAAAGAUGACGGGCAGUAUCCCAGCUGAUAUGAUCAACUUGAGGCUCAUCUUGGUGAGCGGAAAGACAAAGGAGUUUCUGUUCUCUCCCAAUGACUCGGCUGCGGACAUCGCCAAGCAUGUGUAUGACAACUGGCCAAUGGACUGGGAGGAGGAGCAGGUGAGCAGUCCCAACAUCCUGCGGCUCAUCUACCAGGGCCGCUUUCUGCACGGCAACGUCACGCUAGGAGCUUUAAAACUGCCCCUUGGAAAAACAACAGUGAUGCAUUUAGUUGCUAGAGAGACGCUGCCCGAGCCAAAUUCCCAAGGCCAGAGAAAUCGGGAGAAAACUGGAGAGAGCAACUGCUGUGUGAUUCUGUAAAGAUGUCCCUUUAUCCAUGAUCCAGUGCAUUCUGUAGUUUCCUAUGCUGCUGAAAAACAAACAAACAAGGACAUCAAACAGAAGACUAGUCCAUACAUGUGGGCAGUCUAGAGUGUCUUGGUCACAUUUUGCCAUUUGUAAAGCCUAGUAUAAAAUGCAGCAGAUGAUGAAACAGAAUCCCUCUUUAUAACAUUUCAUCAGUUUCUUUGUCUCCCUCUCCCUCCCUCCCUUAUUCACACAUCCAUAUACUGUCAUAUACUGUAAUCUCUCUCUCUCUCUCUGUCUCACUUUCAUACUGCUUUCUCACUUGUCCUUUUCUUCACACAUAGUCACAUGCACACUCCCCUGUCGAUUUGCACAUGGAGGAAACACUCUUGUUUCAGAUUCCACUCAGAUGAAAGAGCAGGAGGCUUAGCAGAGCAGAGCUCCAUGCUUCUGUACCUCCUGCUUAGACAAAACAGAGGGAGAGAAGACCGGGGAAUAUGACAGUGUUUGACAAACUGUUGAGUUCAGCCGAUGCACCAGACAUGGGCUUGGCAUUUCCGAUUCACUUCCUCCUUUGUGUCUCCAUUGGGAAGGCAAAGGCACUUGCCACUAAUAGCAGCAGUUCACACAGUAGUGAAUUAACCUCUGCAUUGCUGUAGUCCUGUUUCUCCUCAGUAUGUCAGACCACAGAAGCAAGCAUUUAACCACUGAGUGAAUUAACAUCUGUAGUCAAUUGUUUGCAGCACAGCAGACCAAACAUUAAUGUGCCUGAUCGAUGUUAAUGGCUAUUUUUUUUUUGUUUUCUCUCUUUGUAAUGAACUCUGUUCGUCUUUUGAAGUGCACAUUUUAUGGAUAUAGUUCCAAAUGCUGACAGUGCAAUCCUUGGCUCACAGAUGCAAAUCUAGUAGUUGCAAGUCAGAUGGAAAUGCAGACUUGAUUCUGUCACUAACCAGGAAGGCUGAAGGGUUGCUGUUGCAUGGUAACAUUUUCUGUCAGCGGGUUAUUUGAUUGACCAACCAGUGUUUUGUUCACCCUUACUAGAUAGUUUUGAUUCCUCCUCAUAGAGGAGUUUUAAGAUAAAUUUCCUUUAUUUUUUUAAAGGUGCAAGGGGCAGGAUUGUUUCUUUAAAUAGCAUUAACUGAUCGAAAUAAAAUGGUUGUCCCUAAAUUAAAGUUAUUCACUGACAUUUGUUAUUGUAGCUCAAGUUGUUUCUGUCCCUCAGAUAGUCAGAUCGGUGCUUGCUAAGAGUGUGACAUUGUAACGAUCAGCUCCAGUCAGCCACUCACUGCAGCACUGCACUUGCGUCCCAGCUCUAGUGACAUUAAGUUGUGUAACAACAUAACUUUUGUCAUUUUUUUCUUCAUUCAAAUGUUGUUUAGAAUAUCGUGAGAAUGCAGAAUCAUGGAGCCUUGAAUUACAUUAAAUCCUGUUAUCAUUACAUUGGUAGAGCAUGCCCAUCAUAACAUAUUGAUAAUUGGUUUGAAAGCCAAGACCAAACAGCUUCUAAAGAUUUAGCUAACUAGCUUUUCCGUCUGAAACUUCACAAAGCUAAAGAAUUAAAUUUGUUACCAAUGCGUCAGUCAGGGGUGAAUAACGGAAUUUUCUCAUAGAAGGAGAAUACUGUGGGCACUAAGGGAAUAUUGGACAGUGAGCUAUUUAACAAAAGUGUGACUUAAUCCACUAACAUUAGCUGGGCAGUUACUCUUUUUUUUGGUCAGUUUCUUCAGCUACAACAUGGUAAUGCAAAUGGUCUAGUGUGGGAGCCUCAUAACAUAUAUAUGAAGACAGAAUUGUGACAGUGUUUAGAAAAAAAAAGCCAGGUUUUGUUCAUUUGACAGCAGAGUGAACUAUUUUAAUUUAGUGGUGAUAGAAAUCACUGCUUGUGCUUCAAGCCAGAAGACAUAUAGGAUAUGAAGUUUUGUUCUCUCUUACCUGUCUGAUGAAAUGAUACAUUUGCACAGCACUAAAGCAUGUGCUAUUUUAUCUUUGUUUGUUUGAUUUGUUUCCCCCGUUUUCUUUUGAUAUUUUGUCCAAAUGGGAAUUCAGACUCAAGGUUAUAUUUGUGUAGAGUAUAUUUAAAAUGAAUCAUAUAGAGGAUAUGACAAUAGAUUAUUGAUAUAGCUGUAUCGGUGUCUAGUGUAUGAUUGUCUAAACAGUUUAUUAGCAGUGGGAAAUGUCAUCCGCUGAUGUCUUGUACUUUACCAGCAAAAUCCCCUAACAAUAAAAAUUAUUGUAUUGUGUUUUCUUCUAUUCAUUUUUUUCAAAUGUUAAUUUUUUUUUUAUUUACUCAUACUUUUUAACACAGCACUAGCUCAUCAGACUACAGCUUAUUCUGAUCAGGGUUCAAAUAUGUACAGCGCUGAAAUUUUCAGAAAUGAUUGUAAAUAGAAACUAAUGGUAUCUCCAAACUACAAAUGGAAUUACAUCUAUAAAUUGAAUAAAGAAUAUUGAAGUGAAA